AAUAUUGACUUCUGUCUGGUCGUUUUUGAUGAGACAUUUGGUUCACAUGAAUCUUUCUUUUCCUUUUCAGGAAACAGAUUUUAUUUGCUUUGAGACUGGUCUUGAUCAAUUUGAAAGCUAUGACAUAGAUGUGUUAUUAGGCAGCACAUUGUUGCUAGAAAACGAGAAUUCAACAGAAGAAUCAAAAGAACCAGCUCAGAAUGAAGAUGUAUCUCAAAUGACAACGACAGAAUCGGUGGAGCCUCUUGAAUCAGAGUCAUUAGAUUCAGAAUCAACAUUAAUUCUUGAAUCAGAGUCACUACGUUCAGAAUCAAAAUCACUUCUGGAAUCAAAUUCAGUAGAUUCAGAAUCACUUCAUGAAUCAAAGGCAGUCGAUUCAGAAUCAACAUUGCUUCUUGAAUCUAAGCCAGAUGAUUCAGAAUCUGUAGAAACUCCUGAAAUCAAGACAUUACAAAAAUCUGCUGAAGAGGACUCUGAUGGCUUUCAGCCAAAGACAGAUGUUUCAUCAGUACCAACGUCUGAAUUUAUAGAUGCACUAACAGAAGAGACAGAAGAUAUUCCAAUAAGCCAAGAUGCUGAGGUCAUUUCAGAAGAAGUAGAAACGGAACCAUCAGAUCCUGACGCACAAGAUAUUGAUUAUUCUGAGCUUUUGCACAACCAAAGUGACUCUGAUUUUGAGCCACUUGAACCACAAACGGCAGGUUUAGACGUAGCACAUGAAGAACCUGCUAAAACAGAGCUAAAGGAUAAAGAUAUACCACUACAAACACCAAAGAAAACACUCGAGGAUGAGAACAGGCCAACCUUUAAAGAUGCUUUCAAAACGGAGCAUGAAGGUGAAACGCAAGAGAAUGAAUCGCUUCAGGAGCUCACCAAAGAAUCGCUUUCAGCUGCUGAUGUUGAAGAACAAGCUGGUCUUGAGGUCACACAUGCACAAAGUGAUUUUGAAGAACUGGCUAAUGCAGAUGAAGCCAUUGAUUUCAAAAUCCCAGAAUCUUCUCAUCUGUCUCCACAUGCUAAAACCGCUUCGGAUACGAGUCAAGACGUCCCAUCUGAACCAGCAUUGGAAACCGAGUCUGCAAAAGCACCACCGGCAUUAAAUAUAAGUGAAAUCACUAGAGAAAACGAUCAGGAGAAGCUAGCCGUUAAAGUCCUUCAGAAGGCCAGCAUGAGCAUGAAUGAAAAUGCAAACAUAAACACUGCAGACGAUCCUCAGGAUGCAGUUACGAAGAAUAGCGAAAAAGUGAGAGAAUCGAUUGGCGAAGAUGAGAAGUUAAAGGAGGAACUUGUUACAGAAAGCCCAGAAACUGCACCUCCAUUUACCCAAAUGGAUGAACAGAUUGAUAAAGUGAAGAAUGAACUCGUGGAUCUACUGAAAAACACACUGGAAUCAGAACAACAAAGUCCUGAAGAGGAUGUGGAUGAAGAUGCCGAAGAGUUUUUAGAAGAUGAAAAUGCUCUUCUUUCUUCUGAAUCUCAGCUCAUAGAAGGCAUACAAGAACCUAAAGAAAACCAACAACCUGAAGGUGAUCAGUGGGUUGAAUCCCAACAAAGCGCAAACACCACAAAGCAAGAAGAAAGCGAUGAAAUCCGUCUUCCUCCCGAGGAGCCUGAAUACAGCGAUAACGUGCUGAGACUCUCAAUCUUACGCGAUCACCUGAAGGACGAGGACAUGGAGCGCAUGCAGAAGUAUUUAGCCCGUAAGAACCUGUUCAAAAUCGAAGCCCUGUUUUCUGAUCUAGAUCUGGAGAUGAAGUCUGCCAGAGAGCUGCAGAUGGACACGGAGGAAAUCGAGCGAACGCUGGACCAAAUCUUGGAGGCCUCGGAGAACUCUAUUCUCGACACCACAGAGGACAUAUUUAAUGAAAGAGACCGGACAUCUCAGGAACACGGACAGCAGAAGGAUCCGGAAAUGUAUGACUUCGAGGCUGCCAUCUUGGAUGCUUUCCAGGAGAUCGUUUUCGCUUUACGACAGAAAUAUUCAGCAGCCAGUGACAGCGCACCAUUGGUCGAGGAAGAACAUCUUGCAUCUGAAACAGAUGAAAAAAUCGACUCUGAAGAGGUGAAGGGUCUGGACAGUAACGUCGAAAUGAUCGAACCACCCGAGAGCCCUGCGACGCAUGAGGAGCAGAACGAAUCUGAAGUGAUUCUGAAUUCUGAAUUAAAUGCGAACAAAGAUCUGUCUCACAGUAAAGACGUGGGUCUCGAGGAGGGCCAUUUCAACCGAAAUAAAGACGCCCAGAUAGGGUUCGAGGACGCUGAGGAGAUUCAGAAGGGGCCUCAUGCUAUUUUAGAGAAAUCAGUGGACAUCGGCUUUCACUUUGAAGUGGAUCCAUCUUCAGGUUCACUGGAGUCUCCGAGCGUCUCUGAUUUCCACGACAGUGUUUCCUCCAGCUCAUCGACUGCAGAUGAACUUUGGGCUUUAGUGCUUCUCGUCAAAGAAUAUCUUGGAGUUUAUGGAGAAAUUCUGAUCACUGGUCUUCCAGAGGAAUGGCGACCGGGACCCACUUUGCACGGCGUCCCCUGGGAGCCGGUGGUGGUUACGGCGGUUGUCGGUACAUUUACAGUACUGAUGUUCUUCUGGAGGACGGUUCUCGCUAUCAAAGGCAGAACCUAUCAGUCUGUAUUGCAGAGCUCAAUCAUCUGGGAGCCUGUGAUCCUGCAGAACUACAGAAAGACGAUGCUAAAAUGUCUAACGGAGAAGAUGCUGGUUCAUGUCCUCAUGGAUGAAGCCAAACUCAGAGAAGAUGCCUUUAAGGCUCAGGUUCUGUCCUUCGAGAAGGAAACCGGCGCUUUAAAAGAGCAGAAGAAAUCUCUCCUCCGUGAUGCGAAAGACUGGCAGGAGAAGCACAAGAAACUGAGCGAGGCGAUCCGAGUUUACCACAAGUCCCAGAAAGAGCUGGAAGACACUCUGGUGCACAAGGAGAAUGAGAUUGACGUUUUGUCCAGCUGUAUUGCAGAGCUCAAUCAUCUGGGAGCCUGUGAUCCUGCAGAACUACAGAAAGACGAUGCUAAAAUGUCUAACGGAGAAGAUGCUGAGAAGAAGAUGGACAGCGUGAGACUGCGAAUCAAGCAGAUGAUGGACGUCUCCAGGAUUAAAGUGACUCUCAGCGUUGUUGAAGACAAGAGGAAUCGCUACGUGGAAAGUCUCCUCGCCGAACAGAAAGCCAGACAGGAGCUGGAGGAGCAAUAUCAGAAUGUCAUGCAUGCCCAGAUGAAUCUGAACAAUGAGAAAACGCAUCUGGAGAACCAGUUCAAGCACCUGCAGCAGAGGCUGGAAAUCACCACUGAACUCUACCAGCAGAAAGAGAACGCACUGCAGCAGAAACUGACUCAGGAGGAGCUGGAGAGACGCGAGAAGGAGACGAAGCUGUCGGAGGUGGACAGUAAAGCUGUGCUCUCAGAGGAGGAGGUGAGAGCCCUGAAACAGAAGAUCAAGGACAUCGAGGACGAGAUGCAGCAGAACGAACGCUCUCUGAAGUCUGAGGUGGCAAUCCAGGAGAAGAAAGUCCAUGAGAACUGGUUGAAAGCCCGCACCUCUGAACGAACUCUGGUGGAGGAACGAAGAGAGUCGGCCACUCUUCGUCAGAAGCUUGUGGAGUACAGAGAUAAAAUAUCAAACCUGGAGCAAAGUCUGUUCAAACUCAACUCUGGACCUCCAGACCGCCACAUGCCUCCACAGCGCCGAGGUGAUUUGUACGGGCCGUCUCCUGUGAGUGGGGGGGCUCCCUCUCCUCCUCUAAUGAUAGAGGGUCCAGGACGCCCCCCCUCUGCACCUGUAGGGCGACGGGGCGAUCCGUUCGGUCCACGACCCCCGUCUGACCCUCACGGACGCUUCUCGGAUCUCGGACACCCGCUGCCGUCCAGACCAGAAAUGUUUCCUCCGAUGACUUCAUCUCCCUGUGCACACGAUGGACCGAUGCAGCCGGCACCGGUCAGUGAGACGGCCGAGGCCUCAGAGCAGGUCUCGUCUGAGCCCAUAGAGCCUCUCUCCAAGUCUCAGAGUCAGGGAUCCUUCUUGCCAUCUCCCAUCCGUGAUUCUCCGGUUCCUCCACCGAAGUCGUACGGACCCCCAGUCAUGCCACCCAUGAUGAUACGACCGCUCAAUGGCCACCCGCCCAUGAUCCCGCCAGAGCAGCGCUUCAGACCGCCACCCAUGGGCUCAUACGGCCCUCCUCGUCCAAUCGGCCCAUUUGGACCCGUACCUCCACCGUUUGGUAAUCUUCAUUACCUUUUAGUCUCCUUGUAA